UCAAUAUCCUGCCUUGGAACCAACACUUCCUUCUCGCAUUCUUCCGAAUUCAUUAACAAAUUCUCCUCUUUUCACCAAAAGGGAGAUAUGGCAGUCACUUGCUUCACCCAAGAGUUUACGACUACUGUGGCUCCAUCGAGGAUGUUCAAGGCACUGAUCCUCGACUCCCACAAUCUCAUUCCCAAGAUUGCUCCCCAAGGUAUCAAGAGCAUCGAGUUUGUGGAAGGGGAUGGUGCUGCUGGUAGCAUCAAGCAAACCAACUUCGCAGAUGGCGGACACCUGAAGUGGUUGAAGCACAGGAUCGACGCAGUUGAUGUAGAGAAGCUUUCAUGCAAGUACACUCUUAUCGAGAGCGACAUUGCAUUUGACAAGAUCGAGUCGGUGGUGUACGAGGUGAAAUUCGAAGCUUCUAGUGACGGUGGGUGUGUCUGCAAGAUGACGAGCGAGUACCACGUCAAGGCAGGUGUGGAGCUGAAGGAGGAGGGCAUUAAACAGGGCAAGGACAAGGCCAUGGGACUCUUCAAGGUUGUCGAGGAAUACCUUCACGCCAACCCUGACGUCUAUGCUUAAAUGAGCAUAUUUCUAGUUUUUCCUUGCUCGAAUUCGUGUCAUGUCGUUCCCUAUAUUGAAUUUUCUUCAUUUUUGGAUGUUUUCAAUAUUUGUUGCUUGAUACUUGAGAUUAAUGUAGGGAUGAGCCAAGAAAUAAAUAAGAAAAUUUCUUGAUCUCUUAGUUACACCGUCCAGCAUUAAAAAAACAUUUUUCCUUUCAGUCGCAAGAUUUAAAAGCUUUUUGCUCGAUCUUGCUCUCAAGUACACAACGUACUUACCUUUUUGUAGAUGAGACAAGUUAUGCGAAUCCUCUGCUUGUUAACUUUUC